AGUACUUGCACUCAUGUUAUUCUGUAACAUAAGUUAGUGGGGUAUAAGCAUAAAGUCUCUUUAAGCAAAGAUAUGCAUACCUCUCUUUCUUUCUCAGAACAAUUGCGUGCACCUACUUUUUCAUCAUCAAGGCUUUGCACUAUUGCAACCAAUGAUCCCCUCAAUCAUCUCAUUUAUAUACUUCUUUGCUUCCUCACCUUCUUCUCUGCAACAACUAUCUUAACUACCUUUCCCUCUUUCUCUCUACAUAUCUUUUUAUAAUAUGGCUCUUAAAUUUAUUUUCUUCAUUUUUGUGUUACUUAUUUCUCUAACCCACAGUUCGCAGGCCAUCAGUGUGAACCAGUCUCAGUUCUUCAGUCUAAUGAAAACUUCUUUGUCAGGAAAUGCCUUGUUUGAUUGGGAGGUCACUGGUGGGAUAUCAUACUGCAACUUUACAGGAGUUAGCUGCAACACUCAAGGGUACGUUAAAAAAAUUGACAUGACUGGUUGGUCAAUAUCUGGCCGUUUUCCAGUCGGUAUAUGCUCUUACUUGCCUGAGUUAAGUGUUCUCCGCCUUGGCCACAACCAACUCCAUGGUGAUUUCCUGCACAGCAUCAUCAACUGCUCUCUCUUAGAAGAGCUCAAUAUGAGUUCUUUGUAUCUCACUGGAACACUUCCUGAUUUCUCACCAUUGAGAUCUCUCCGGAUACUUGACAUGUCCUACAACAUCUUUAGAGGCGACUUUCCAAUUUCAGUGACUAACCUCACCAAUCUUGAGUUGCUUAACUUCAAUGAAAAUGUGGAACUGAACUUUUGGCAAUUGCCAGAGAAUAUUUCCAGGCUAGCAAAGCUUAAAUCAAUGAUCUUGACAACAUGCAUGCUCUAUGGUCCAAUCCCAGCAUCACUUGGAAAUAUGACAUCUCUUACAGAUCUUGAAUUAAGUGGAAAUUUUCUCACAGGCCAGAUUCCAGCUGAGAUUGGAUUGCUGAAGAACUUGCAACAGCUUGAGCUCUACUAUAAUUAUCAUCUUUCUGGAAAUAUACCGGAAGAACUUGGAAAUUUGACAGAGCUAAUAGAUUUGGACAUCUCAGUCAAUAAGCUGACUGGAAAAAUUCCAGAAUCCAUAUGCCGCCUUCCAAAGCUUGAAGUCUUGCAGCUUUACAACAAUAGCCUCUCAGGAGAAAUCCCAAAUGCUAUUGGCAAUUCAACAACUUUGCGCAUUUUAUCAGUCUAUGACAACACUCUUAUAGGAGAAGUUCCACAGAACUUGGGGCAACUGUCACCUAUGAUUGUCCUAGACCUGUCAGAGAAUCGCCUAUCGGGCCCACUACCGACAGAAGUUUGCAAAAGAGGUAAACUGUUAUACUUUCUCGUCUUAGAUAACAUGUUUUCUGGAGAGAUACCUGACAGUUAUGGAAAAUGUAAGACUCUUCUGCGAUUUCGAGUCAAUCAAAACCGUUUGGAGGGCUUAAUACCAGAAGGACUUCUAGGUCUUCCCCAUGUUUCAAUAAUUGAUUUGAGUUACAAUAAUUUUAGCGGUUCAAUUGCAAAUACAAUUGGAACUGCAAGAAACUUGUCUGAAUUUUUCUUGCAAAGCAACAAGAUUUCAGGAGUUCUACCUCCUGAAAUUUCUGGAGCUGUUAAUCUAGUAAAGAUUGAUGUCAGCAAUAAUCUCCUGUCUGGCCCCGUACCUUUUCAAAUUGGCUUUCUUAAAAAGCUAAAUUUAUUGAUGUUGCAAGGCAACAUGCUGAAUUCUUCAAUCCCCAAAUCACUAUCAUUGUUGAAAUCUCUCAAUGUUCUUGAUCUUUCUAACAAUCAAUUGACCGGAAAUGUACCAGAAAGUCUUAGUGUGUUGUUACCAAAUUCUAUCAAUUUUUCUAACAACCGUUUGUCCGGUCCAAUUCCUCUCUCUCUGAUAAAAGGUGGGUUGCUAGAGAGCUUUUCAGGGAAUACUGGUCUUUGUGUUCCAGUCUAUGUUUCUGGGGAUCAAAAUUUCCCCAUAUGCUCACAAACUUAUAAUCGAAAGACACAAAGUUCUCUAUGGGUUAUCGGAAUUUCUAUAGCUAUCAUUAUAGUUGGGGCUUUCUUCUUUCUAAAACGUAAACUCAGAAAUGAAAAGUUCAAGGAAAAUGAUCAGAGCAUGUCUUCAUCAUUCAUUUCAUCUGAUAUAAAGAGCUUCCAUCGAAUCAGUUUUGACCAACAAGAGAUCCUUGAUGGCUUGAUUGAUAAAAACAUAGUGGGGCAUGGAGGAUCUGGGACAGUGUACAAAAUUGAAUUGAGAAGUGGGGAAGUUGUUGCAGUGAAGAGCCUGUGGAGUAAGGGAACGAAAGAUUCAGCUUCGGAAGAUCAACUGCUUUCAGACAAGAAUUUGAAAGCUGAGGUUGGGACCCUGGGAAGUAUAAGGCACAAAAACAUAGUCAAAUUAUACUGUUAUAUCUCAAAUUUGAAUCGCAGCGUGCUGGUUUAUGAGUACAUGCCAAAUGGAAACCUCUGGGAUGCCCUUCACAAAAAUAAAAUCUGUCUAGAUUGGCCCACCCGACAUCAAAUAGCAGUUGGAGUUGCACAGGGAUUGGCUUAUCUCCACCAUGAUCUUUUACUACCUAUUAUUCACAGAGACAUAAAAUCAACCAAUAUUCUGCUAGACGUUAACUACCGGCCUAAGGUUGCCGACUUUGGCAUAGCCAAGGUUUUGCAAGCUAGGGGAGGAAAAGAUUCCACCACCACUGUUAUUGCAGGAACCUACGGUUACAUGGCUCCAGAAUAUGCAUAUUCAUCUAAAGCAACGACCAAGUGUGAUGUCUACAGUUUUGGGGUAGUGCUGAUGGAAUUAAUAACUGGGAAGAAGCCAAUACACACAGACUUUGGAGAGAACAAGAAUAUCAUAUACUGGGUUUCAGGGAAAGUGGACACUAAGGAAGGGGUUAUGGAAGUAUUAGACAAAAGAUUAUCAGGGUCUUUCAGGGAUGAGAUGAUACAGGUUCUGCGAAUUGCCAUCCGCUGUACCUGCAGUACCCCAGCCCUUCGCCCAACAAUGAGUGAGGUUGUCCAGAUGCUGAUUGAGGCAGAUCCAUGCAGAUUUGAUUCUUGCAAGUCGUCUACCAAGAGCAAAGAAAUGUCAAAUGACUUUAAGAUAAACAGUACAAAAGAAUUAUAAUUGCAAUAGGAGUAUAUGGGUGGGAUUCUAGGUGAAGAAAUAUACCAUCUUAGAAUAGUAUAUAUGUCGCUAAGUAACUGGGAGACUUAUCAUUAUGAGCAACUUACCCUUUUUUUUUUUUUUCUUUACGACUAAAGUAGCUUGUAGAUUCUUCUCUCUUUUCUUUUUCUUUUUAAAUUUUAUACUUUUUCAUUUUGUUUUCUUGCGCUUGUAUUUGCCAAAUUUAAUCAAAUAUGACUGCUUUA